CCGAAAUCAGUUACGAUUUACCCGCGAAAGCGUUAACAACGUUCCAACGGAUCCCAGCGUGCGAUAAUAUUGUAUGGAAAUAAUAUCAGGAAGGCAGCAACAACACCUCGUGCAGCCCUCUCUUUCGCUCCCUCCAUUCCAUUCGCCUGUCAACAGUUAUUUUAGCCGAGAGAUUUUUGUGUGACUUUUUCGUGUAUUUCGCUUUCGUUUCGUUGUUUGGGAGCUCCUUCAUUAAAAAAUUAAGGCCUUAAAAACAACAGCGCGUGUGUGUUAGUGACAGCGUUUGCAUACUAAAAAACAAGUGCAAAAAUAACAAAAACUGCAGCCACAACUUUAGCAACACCAACAAAACAAACAAUCAACAACAGCACCAACAUUUGAAAGGGAAUUUUUUCUAUUUGUGUUAGCGAAACCAAGAUGUCCACGCCCACUUCCCCGAAGACGCCCACACCGCCCACUUUGCCGCCGGGCGUGACCAAAACAUGUCACAUAGUAAAAAGGCCCGAUUUCGAUGGCUACGGCUUCAACUUGCACUCGGAGAAGGUGAAGCCUGGCCAAUUUAUUGGCAAGGUGGAUGCUGAUUCCCCGGCAGAGGCGGCUGGCCUGAAGGAGGGCGAUCGCAUCCUGGAGGUCAACGGGGUGUCCAUUGGCAGCGAGACCCACAAGCAGGUGGUGGCCAGGAUCAAGGCCAUUGCCAAUGAAGUGCGUUUGCUCCUCAUCGACGUGGAUGGCAAGGCCAUAGAGGUAAAGCCCUCGACUCCGCCAGCAGCAGCCUGCAAUGGAAAUGGAAACGGAAGUGCCAGCCAGAAUGGAUACGAGGGCACCAAGCAGGAGAUGCCCGGAGCCAGUGCCAAUAUCAGCAGCAUCAGCAUGGUGAGCACCAAACGAUCUUCAAACGCCAGCAGCAUUCAGAGUGGCAGCACCAUGAAUGCCUCCGAUUUGGACGUGGUCGAUAGGGGACUCCCGGCAGCCCCAGCCGCAGUAGCUACUCCUCCUCCUCCGAGUGUCAUUCAAAAUGGCAGUAAACCAUCUUCGCCGAUUAAUAACAACACGCUGAUGAGCACGCCCCCACCGCCCUCGGCCACCAAGGCCGGCCUCAAUAAUAACGGCAGUGUCUACAACACUAGCUCCAACGGCAACGGCACAAAUGGCAUGACCACGCCCAUCACGCCGCCCCCAGCGAGCGGCGGCAAUCGGGCGGGCAGUCUGAACUUGCCACUGACAGCCGCCGAAAUGCGAGCCAAGUUGGCCUCCAAGAAGAAGUACGAUCCCAAGAACGAGAGCGUGGACCUCAAGAAAAAGUUCGACAUCAUUCAGAAGCUCUGAGAUGAGACCAAUAGGAAAGGAUUACCCCAACACCAUACUUGUUAUAAUGUCAGGAUGAGGAGCUAGAGCUGGUUUUGUCAGGCAUACACCACACAAUAUACAAUAUGUUUAGCUAUUAGUACGCAGAGUCACUUAUUAACUAAGCAAGUUUUAAUUUUAUUACCCCCUAAGAAAGAGCGACCAACGAUGGUAGGCCGAGAAGAUGGAGUACA